GUUAGGCUAUCGUUUGUGAGGCCGAUGUUUGUGUAGCCCUACAUUGCGCCGUCUGGGUACACUGAUCGCCAGCUCCAAUUUCACCAAAAUUUUCGUUGACCAAGGACGAGUUUCGGCGCGGCCAACAGAACUUAGAGAGCACAAGCAGCAGCAGCGUAAUGGGUGUUCCGAAGUUCUUUCGCUACAUCAGCGAGCGGUAUCCGUGCCUCAGCGAACUGGCGCGGGAGCACAGCAUCCCCGAGUUCGAUAACCUGUACCUGGACAUGAACGGCAUCGUGCACAACUGCUCGCAUCCGGACGACAACAACAUUCACUUUCAUCUGGAGGAGGUGCAGAUCUUCCAGGAUAUCUUCAACUACGUUGACAAGCUGUUCUAUCUCAUCAAGCCGCAGAAGCUCUUCUUCCUGGCCGUCGAUGGAGUGGCACCGCGUGCCAAAAUGAAUCAACAGCGCAGCCGGAGGUUUCGCUCGGCUCGCGAAGCGGAUCAACUGGAGGCGAAGGCCGCGCAGCGCGGUGAGAAGCGGGAGCACGAACGCUUUGACAGCAACUGCAUCACGCCGGGCACGGAGUUUAUGGUCCGGUUGCAGGAAGGCUUGCGCGCCUUUCUGAAGACCAAGAUCUCGACGGAUCCGCUAUGGCAGCGCUGCACUGUGAUUCUCAGUGGACAGGAGACCCCCGGCGAGGGCGAGCACAAGAUCAUGGAUUACAUACGCUACAUGAAGGCCCAGCCGGACUUUGAUCCAAAUACGCGGCACUGUCUGUAUGGCUUGGAUGCUGAUCUAAUCAUCCUGGGCCUCUGCACCCACGAACUUCACUUUGUGGUGCUCCGCGAGGAGGUGAAAUUCGGCAAGAACGUGAAACGAGACUCCGUGGAAGAGACGCGCUUCUUUCUGCUGCACUUGGGCUUGCUGCGCGAGUAUCUCGAGCUGGAGUUCCACGAGCUGAGCACUGCGGAGCGCAAGUUUGAUGUGGCCCAGCUGAUCGACGACUGGGUUCUGAUGGGCUUCAUGGUGGGCAACGACUUCAUACCCCACUUGCCCUGCCUGCACAUCUCGUCCAAUGCCCUGCCACUGCUCUACCGCACGUACAUACGUAUUUACCCCACGCUCGGUGGUAAUAUCAACGAAAACGGCAAGCUGAACCUGCGGCGCCUGCAGAUCUUCAUGUCCGCCCUCACGGAGGUGGAACUGGAGCAGUUUAGGGAGCACGCCGACGACCUAAAGUAUAUGAAUGCCAAGACUGAGGCAUUCGACGCUGAUGUUUCCGAAAUUACCUCCUACGAUAACUGCAAUUCGGAUCUGGCGGCCCUCAUCGAUCAAAGCACGAAGCUUUAUGAAGGCGACAGCGACGAGGACUGGAGCGAUGAAAAUGUGAGCUUGAUGCACGAGUUCCAGAACUACAAGCGAAACUACUACCGCAACAAGUUCAAGUGCGACUCCGAGUCGCCGGCUCAACUGAUCGAGGAACUGGGACAUCAUUAUGUGACCGCGCUGCAGUGGGUCCUCGAUUACUACUACCGCGGCGUUCAGUCCUGGGAUUGGUACUAUCCCUUCCACUACGCGCCCUUCAUCAGCGACCUCAAGAACAUCGAGCAGGUCCGGGUUAGCUUUCAUCAGGGAACGCCCUUUCUACCAUUCCAGCAACUUUUGGCCGUUCUGCCAGCAGCCAGUUGCAAACUCCUGCCCUUCGCCUACCACAAUUUAAUGCUCAAUCCCGCCAGUCCGCUGGCCGAGUUCUUUCCGCUGGAGUUCGAGAGCGAUCUCAAUGGCAAGAAGCACGACUGGGAGGCUGUCGUACUGAUUCCCUUCAUCGACGAACACCAGCUCCUGACCGCCAUGCGUCCGUGCGAGGCGAAUCUCACGGAAGCGGAGCGAAAGCGCAACAAGCACGGUCCAAUGUACGUGUACAAGCACACCAAUGAAUCGCAGGGUCCGAUGGCCUGCCACCCGCCGCUGGGGCCGCUGCAGCAUCUCUACUGCAUCGAGAUGGCCAAGUGGUCCAGCGAGAUCGCGCUCAACCUGCCGCGCAGCGUCUGCGUCGAGCUGCCGAAUGCGGCGCGCCACGUUUUCUUCCCUGGCUUUCCCACCAUGCAGCAUCUGCCCUUCGACUUCGAGCUGCGUCACGAUCGUGUCAAGGUCUUCGAGCAGGCGAGCCGCAACCAGAACAUAGUCCUGAUGCCGCGAAAGCGACAAUUGGAGGACACCCUGGAGGCGGUGGCCGGGCAGUAUCUGGAGCAGGUGGUGCACAUCGGCUGGCCGCAUCUCAUCAAGGCGAAGGUGGUGCGCGUAGCCACGCGAGACCGACGCGUCGACGAGGAGGGCAUCGCGCCAAAUGACGCGCGUCGCUUCGAUUCCGAGUGCAAGUCGCUGCAGGAACAUUUCACCACUCGCAUGGGCAUCCAGUUCGCCAACUACGAUGUGCUCGUCUACGUGCGCACCUUUGCCGGCAGCACGGUGGAGUUCGGUCAGAGGGGAGCCCUCAAGGAGCGGGAUACUUGGAGCACUUCGGUGACCGGCUAUCCCGCCCAGGGAGUGCUGGCCGAACUGGUGACCGGCGGGAUCAGGCGCAAGCAGUUCCGCAAGGUGGAGAAGUUCUUCUCGGUCGGCAGCACGGUGUUCUUCAUCGGCAAUCCGUACUACGGCAGCGAGGGAGUGGUGCAAGACCCAAUGCUUGCCUAUUCCUGUGGUCGCAUUCAGGUCAACAUACGCGUGCGUCCGGAACCGAAUGUCAAUGCAGCUCGUUUGUUACAAGAAGAGCGCGACAAGGACUUUUUGAACACCUACGAGGUCUGCCACCUGCUGAACAUCAAUGGACGUGCGCUGGGUCGCCUCACCGGCACCGUUUGGGUGGUCUUGGGACCGCGACGCGAGCGAAUGGAGAACGUGGCCAAGCACAACAUUGGCCUGCAGCUGAAGUACCCGAUUCUGAACGAGGAGCGAGCCGGCUACUGUUGCCGAACGGGCAACCAGUGGUUCUACUCCCGCCUCGCCUUGGAGCUGAUGAGCGAUUACUGCCAGCGCUUUCCUGAUGUCGUCGCCUUCUUUGCCGUGAGCAACGAUCGCGGCAAGUACGUCUUCGAGCAGGAUGUCUUUCCCGACCAAGUGGGCCAGCAUCGCGUGGAGGCCCUGGCCAAUUGGGUGCGCCAACAGCCGCACAUGAAGGUCGAGCGCAUCGCGUGCGGAUCGAAGACCGUGUGUCGCGAAACCGUUGAGCUUCUGAUGUCCGCCGUCGACGAGCUGCGAUCGCUGCCCGUCAAGGAUGUCAAGCUGCAGGUGAAGCCGCACCUGCUGAUCAAGCCAAAUGUCACGCUGCCGGAGGUCUACCGACCCCGACGACCGGUGCGACUCUUCGACCGCGUCGUCAUCGUGCGCACGGUCUACAUGGUGCCAGUUGGCAUCAAGGGCACCGUCAUCGGCAUCAAUCUCGUAACGGAUCCGAAUCCAGUGCGUCUGGAAUGCGUGCACGCAGUAGAUACCUUUUGCGAGGUGCUGUUCGACAAGCCAGUGCCGAACUGCAACGAUAUCCACGGCAUUGCGCAGGAGCGCGUCUACAAGGUGCCGGAGAACGCACUGGUGGUCAUCUUCACGAACGAGCAAGGACAAAAGAAUCAGGCCAACGCUCAGUCUUCGCAGACUGGCCAGCAGAACAGGACACCGGUGGAAGAUGUCCGCGCAAACUCUCACUCCCGAGAGUCGCAACAAACACAACAACAACCAAAACAACAGGCGACUAGCAGUCGUUAUAUGACUGCAGCCGGAUCGGAUUGGAUGCCAAUCACGAUGAAGACACAGAUAUCUGAUGAUUUUGUCAAGACGCGUAGCGAUGACAAGGCCAAACGGGAUCGCUCCAAGCCAGAAGCAGUCCAGCCGCAGCCGGAAAAGCCGGAGAAGGUGGCCAACUGGCGAGAGCGCACCGCUGGUCCAUCUGGUCCUCCUGGGCCACCUGGUCCAUCGACCAAGCCGCAAAGUGUGCCAGAGAACUGGCGUAAAAAAGGCGGCAGCUCGUCCCUUGCCCCGGAAAAAGCUGCCGCUCCUUCUGUAGCGCCAACUGCAAGCGCUGUAGGAACGGCUUCGCCCCAAGAUCAAACCCUGGCGCUCAUGUCGUUGCUGGGUUUGAAGAGCAAAUCGGAUUCGGAGCCAUCUCAAGAUCAAAAUCAAAAUCAGAAUCCAAAUCAAAGUCGGCAACAGCAUCAGCAAGCUCCCGGACCCGGACAAAUGCCAAUCCUGCCCAAACCACCGCUUUUUUGGCAGCAGGAGGCACAGAAGCAACAACAGGCUCAGGACCAGGCCAAAGCUCAGGCGCAAAACCAGAUCCAGGCCCAGCCAACCGAUCGCAUUAGGACUCGACAGUGGGUCAGAAGGGGCCGAAUGAUGGGGGAAAGAGAUUCUCCAUUUAGCCAGCCGAGUCCUCAGUUACAGGAGCAGAUCCUGCAAAGUCAUCGAAUGAUGAUGCAGCAACGAAUGCCAUGGUUGGCCUUUAACGACGGAAAUCAGCUACGUUCCAAUAACAAUGUUCCUGCACAGAUUGUUUCGGGCAACAACGCCACAGCGCCACAAUAUCAGCACUACCAGCAACCAAAUCAACAGCACUUCCACCAGUUGCAGGACAUCGGCAACGUGGCACCGCGCUACUCUUCCAUACAAGAUUUCGUGCCCAUUCAGGCGUAUCGUGCUAGCAAAUCUAAUCGUUCUCAGACAGCCGGACGCCAAGAUUCGAAAGAGGCCAACCAGCCAUCGCAGCAGCCACCGUUGGCGGAGACCACGGAAUCCAACUCGAGCUCGAGUUUCCAGGAGAAGUCUACGAACGAACCGAAGGAAUCGCUUAACGAUAAGCCAUCGGUUUCGGAUGUGGCUCAGGCAGUUGAAGCGGAUGAAGCUGCAGCAACGACCUCCCGUCAGCCGAUCAGGCCCCGAAAACAACGAGUACCUCGUAUUGGCGCCAAGUUUGAUUUGGAGUACAUAAUGCAUUAGUUGAACAGAAUUAGACAAGCGAAAAUAGAUUUUUCCCUGGCGAGGAUGAAGCCUCGUAAUCAAUGAAUUGAUAUAUAUAUACAUAUAUAUAUAUAUAUAAAUAUAAAUUGUAAAUCAAUAUGGUAGUAAUAGCUACGGCGAUUGCGUAUUAUAAGGUUUAUUGCCCACCUAACGAUAUGAACUCUGAAAUGUAUUUGAUUAUUACCUUAUUAACUUUACUUUUCUAGUCUGUGCGAGGCACUUGAGUUAACUUGAGAAAGCCACAAUCGAAGACUGCAUUGCUAAAACCAUAAUGGAUUGGUUUGCGAAUAAAUGAAAAAUGUAGAUUAUGUUACGAAAUCCUGGAAAUGAGACUGACUCAUCUUUAUAUUUUCUUGUAAUAAACUCUUAUUUUCUCUUA